GGAAAGCUUGGCGACAAAUUGGCGAGAAAGUUUGAAAGAGCUGUAAAAAUUCGUGUGUCCAAAGCUUCACCUGCUGCUUCAUUGGACCCUCCACAAACCUCUCCAGCUGCAGUUUCCUUAGUUCCUCUCAUCAAAAUAUGUCAGAAGCUGCACUCGAACGUCAGAUUCGUCCCAUCUAUGAUGCUCUGGACCAUGGAUCAAACAAGUCUGCUAUCAACGCAAGCAAUAAGGUGCUGAAAAAGUAUCCUAAUAAUACUCUUGUUAAAGCUUUGAAAGCACUUGCAUUAACGCGUUCUCAGAAAGUAGAGGAAGCGUUGGUUCUAUGCGAUGAGAUCCUUGCUGGCGUUGUUACAGAUGAUUCCACACUAUCCGUGAUGACCCACGUCCUCAAGGGCCUUGCCAGAAAUUCCGACAUGGUGGCCAUGUUUGAUAAUGCGUUUAAGCAGCAACCACAGAGCGAGGAACUCGGUGCACAAACGUUCUUCGCUCAUGUGCGAACCGGCAACUGGAAAUCCUGUCAACAGGUUGCAACCCGAAUGCACAAGCAGUUCCAGGAGGACCGGUACGUAUACUGGGCUGUAAUAGGCGCAAUUCUUCAGGCGAAUGAGCUUGGCACUCCUCCAAACAUUCGCACGCUGCUCUACAAAUUGGCUCACCGUCAUGUCACAUCAUGUCCAACGCCAUCCUACACGGCCGUAGAUCGCUUCCACCUGCACAUGAUCAUCCUGCAGGAGCUCCAACUGUGGGAUGAAGCAAAUACCUUGUUGGAAAGUGAUAUUGGAAAGUCCAUCUGUUCAGCGAGUCUUGUUUGCAAUGAGACUCGUAGAGACAUUUGGCGCCAACGCGGUCUAUAUAAGGACGAAGGGGGAACUGACCGCAACUGGCUCGAGUUCGUGUCUGUAAUCGAUGCCGCUUUUGCUCCAGUGCAAGGGUCCGAUAUCAGCGCAGAGGGAAAGUCAGAGUGCUCCGAGAACAUUGCGAAAACACGUGUUUUCCUCUCCGAAAUCGCAGAGGUGGACUCAAAUGACCGUUCUGCUUCCUUGGCACGUUUAGAGCUCGAGAAAAACGCGUUUUCUCAUGGGAUAUCCUCUGAUGAGAGCACCCUGGUUAGUUUGAUGGAAAACUACUUCUCCCAGUUUGGCGACAAGCAGUGUUGCUUCGAAGAUUUGCGACCUUAUGUGGACCUUGGUGCCGACGCAAAAUCGCGAUGGAUGAGCUUCCUUGCAUCUCGAGAAUCCUUCCUUUAUCUGCAACGGGUAAUAAAUGUGCGGAAGAUACAACGCAUCAACCUUACGGCUUCAGAUUAUCCACUAGACAAAGAGUUGUCUUUGGCAUCCAAGUAUAUCGAAGACUACAUGGCAGGACUGGAACCGGUCGAUGAUCUCGCGAUCCUUGUCGGUCAUGCGUUUGUCAGCCUAUGGACAAUGACCAAGGAAGAGACUUAUCUAUACAACGCCGCCGUUGUGCUGGAAUUCGCUUUGACGAAGAGUCGCAUGUCGUUCCAGAUUCGGCUGCUACUUGUACGCAUAUACCGUCUACUUGGUGCUUCAUCGUUGGCUCUGGAACACUACCGUGCUAUUAACAUAAAACAAGUCCAAAACGAUACUCUUUCCCACUUCCUUCUCACACGAGCAUCAACCUUCUCCCUUUCUGCCACUGGAGAAUUGACAUACCCUUCGGAAUGCAUAGAAUCAAGCCAGAUCUAUGUCAGUAAUUCCCAGGAUACCCCGGAUUUCAUCAUUCGUGCAUUCACGUCCGAGAAGUACAGUCAGAUACCAGAGUUUGUCUCUUUCGACGACAGGCUGGAGAACUCUCUCCAACGCGAUGUUGUCAAGCUUGAGCACGUUCGCAUGCGCAUCACGCAUGAGCCUAUCAACUCUGAUCUGAUAGACAUGGAGCUCAUAGAACUGAAGUUCGUCUUUGAUCGCUUCCAUCAUGACAACCGGGAUUUCGGCAUGCUACCCAACUAUCAACCAGCAUGUCAGCCUUCGCUGAAUGACCAGACCCUUAUGUUUGGCAACUCGACUGGCCAAGGAUGGCUGUGGUAUUUCAUCAAAAUCUACAUCCGUGCUUUCCAGCAUGCCAGUGAUUUGGACGAUAUUGUGGAGGAUAAGCUACUAAUUGGUGACCGGCCAAAGAAGAGCCCGGAACCUGAAGUCCGCCUUCCUCUCCGGGAACGUCUAGCCAUCCGAAAACCUGAAGAAGCGGCAGAGUUGACAGUUGAUGAGUUGCAACUCAUGGAAUGGGCCACUGCUGUCGGUGACUGGCUCGAGCCCUACCAUGACCACACUCGCCCGCCUCCAGCGGUGGUCCUUGCCGAGGCCAACAAGCAGAAUGAGCUUAGGACCGGGCUUCCGCUAAGGGGUGUUGACCUGAAGGCCCUAAACGGCGACGCCAACGCUAAUGGACAUGCAAAGAAGGACGAGGAAGCUCCUCCUGUGAAGGAAGCGCCUCAGUUGGUGGCACAGUACUUCGAGCAUAUGCACGCUCGCUUCGUGCAGUUGCAGCAGAGCGAGUGCCUCCCCUCAGACCUGCUGCAUGUGGCAACACUCACCCAAGAAGCUUUCCUUCUGUUUGCGGUGGAGAGUCAUCGCUUCAAGACCGCAUCUGUUGUCAAGAUUCACAAAUUGGGGGCACUCGUGCAAUCCCUCAAGGAUAUUCGCUCGAAGGCCAGCGCGGUACUGAAGACAAUGUCGAAUGACCUUGUGAAGAUGGGUGAGGUGGCCGGGUCGGCUGAACGACGGAAGAGCUUCGUUGAGGCUUGCAAACCAAUUAUGGAAUUUCCGAAGCUGCACCACGACUUUGUGCUCAAUAUUGCAAAGAACGUUGGCGAGUCGCGCAAAAAGGUACUCGAGGGCGUUGGUAAAGGGAUGGUCAAGAUUUGCACCAAUUACCAAUAAGCUCGGCCCUUCAUUUUAGAUUCUGGCAUCGCAUAUUACUUUACACCUACAUACACACUGCUCACCACUCACCACAACUCACCACUCAUGAUACUGCACUAUACUUAGGUUGCCGAAUGUAAUUGUGACAUCUUGAAUUAUGUCAUGCAACACGUCGCGUGACUUGUGACACU